ACCGGUUACUUUCCUGCGUUUUCGUUCGUGCCCCUUUCGAUCGACAGCCGCCGCUGGUGCCCUCCGCUCCGGCCUCCACCUCGAAAACUAAGACGGCGCCGGCGCCCUCCCUUGCCACAAGGUUUCAGUGAAUAUAGACGAGCGCCUCUUCCGUAGCCACGCCGCAUCAUCCUGUUCUUCUCCUCCGCCGGUCUCGGUUGCGCAUCACCCAGGUGAAGGAAUUGGGGAAGCAACGGAGAAUUUGGACCUCUUUGCCUAGUAAUCCGUGCUGUUUGCAAACUUGACAUUCACUCCAUCCUCAAUAUGUUCAAGAACACAUUCCAGUCUGGUUUCUUAUCCAUUCUCUACAGCCUUGGGACCAAACCUCUGCAGAUAUGGGACAAAGAAGUUGUCAAUGGACAGGUGAGACGACUACAGGAUGAAGAUAUCCAAUCAAAUGUUCUUGAAAUAAUUGGCUCAAAUGUGCAGUCAACUUAUAUUACAUGCCCAGCUGAUCCUAACGCGACUCUUGGCAUCAAGUUAUCUUUUCUGGUCAUGAUCGUAAAGAAUUUAAAAAAGUAUUUCUCUUUUGAGAUACAGAUUUUGGAUGAUAAGAAUGUUCGUCGCCGUUUCAGAGCUUCAAAUUUUCAGUCUGUUACCCGAGUGAAGCCAUUUAUCUGCACCAUGCCUAUUUCACUGGAAGAUGGAUGGAACAACAUUCAACUAAACCUUACCGAUUUAACGAGAAGGGCAUAUGGCACUAAUUAUGUGGAGACUCUGAGAGUGCAGGUCCAUGCAAACUGCCGUCUCAGAAGAAUUUAUUUCUCUGACCGACUCUACUCAGAGGAAGAGCUUCCACCCGAGCUGAAGUUGUAUCUCCCAAUGCAAAAGCACAACACCUAACGAGGAGCAUCAUAAGAAGAAAAAAACUCAUAUGUAUUAUCUACCAAGGUGCCACUUUUUACGUCUGUGAAUCUAGUUUUAUUUAGUUGACUGUGUCAUUAAGCCAAUUUUCCUAAAUCUUGAUAUAGUCAUUUAUUACUGUCUGUUGCCUUGAAGUAGCACAUUAUGUUGAAUUUACUACUGUUUUACCAACGAUAUGGGUUGUUUUUUCCACGUAAGGGUUAAUUUCAGUUUAGUUCUGCUGUUAUAAUGUUUUCAA